AUGGUUUCUGGUUGCCCGAAGAGGACCAGAAGAUUCUUAAUCGUCGUCAUUCUCGGAGUUCCACUCUUGUUCCUAUGCCUUCAUUCAACGAGCUUCACGAGCUCGUCCGAUGACGAGACAAGCGUCGACACGGAAGACUUCGAGUUGGAGCUCGUUGAAGCCGAACCUAUUUGCUAUCCGUCGCACAAUGUCUUCUUUUUCAAAACCCACAAAACUGGCAGUUCUACUCUGUUCAAUAUUUUUAUGAGAUACGCCGACGAGAAAAAUCUCACGGUGGCCGUGAGCCGCGAGCCCAGCAAUUUGCUGCGCUAUCCGGCCAUCCUGGAUGCGAAUUUUCUGCCUGAUUACGCGCUAAUAAAUCGUCGCGUGGAAAUCUUCGCAAUUCACACUCGACUGGAUAUUCAGGCAGCUAAGAAAUUGAUGGCCCCCCGCACAAAGUUCAUAACGAUUCUCAGAGAUCCCGUCUACUCAUGGUCGAGUGGCUUCAAUUACUUCAACUUGCCCGCUGUGACUGGCAUGUCUCUCGAGGAUUUCCUCGACGAUGGAUACGCGAUCGAUAAAAUGAAGAGGCGGAAAUUUUCGCCUUGGUUCGGCUUCAACUUCCUCUUCUAUGAUUUGGGGUUCAACGAAACACUCACCGCAGCGCCAGCUGCCCAAGCUCAGAGGGCCAUCGACAUGUUGGAGAGAAACUUCGGUCAUGUUAUGAUUGCUGAGCUCAUGGACGAGUCCCUGAUUCUCAUGCAGCAUGCCCUCUGUUGGGAUCUCGAGGACAUUAUAGCCUUUCGCCAUAACGAAAGGAAUUCGUCGAUUUACCCUCGGGACCUUGAGCCGAAGCUCAUAUACAAGAUCGCCGAUCUCAACGACAUCGACGUUCGGAUAUACAACCAUUUCGCUGAAAAACUCCGGGGCAUGAUCGACGAAUUUGGGACUGAGAGAAUGGCGAAAGAGGUGGGCACGCUCCGAUUGCGGAGAGAUCGAUGGCUCCGCGAAUGUUUGGGCGGAUAUCGCCAUGGUUUCCAGAACACUUUGGUCUUCCUUCCGAAAGAUAACGCUUCGGCUAAAUGCCUGCGUCUGACUCGGACUGAACUCGAGUAUGUCAUGUAUUUUAGAGAAUUGUAUAUGAAUGAGUUGGAUCGUCUUCAGCAAAGCCGUGAAUAA